CCCGAUUCAUGAACGCGCACCGUAGAGUGUAGUUGUAAGUACAUUGCGUCGCUUCGCUGUAACUCAGUUCCGAAGAUAACCGACUGCUGGAGUACAAAUGUUUUGACCUUCAGGCUUUUAGAGGGUCGACCUCCCUCUUCAAUUCGACUGAUCAGAAUAUCGGAUAAGAGACUGUUUCUGCCGUGUUUCCUCUGUGUUUUUUGGGGGAAACCUUGAGUCAUAUCUUGUAAAGACAGCUGGACACGUCCUUCGUUCUGUCGGCUUUGGGAGCCAGCUAGCUUAGCCACUUGUUUUGUUGCGGCGGUGGUUUGGGGUAAAACCUUACACAUUGAGAGGUUUCACCCAGGAAUGGAUACUGGAGUUGUCCCCGAAAAGAAAAGGGUGAGCUCGGAGCGCAGGAAGGAGAAGUCCAGGGAUGCGGCCCGAUGUCGCAGGGGCAAGGAGUCUGAGGUCUUCUACGAGCUCGCACACCAACUGCCCCUGCCCCACAAUGUCACCUCCCACCUGGACAAGGCUUCCAUCAUGAGACUCGCCAUCAGCUACCUGCGCAUGAGAAAACUGCUGAAAUCUGAUGAAGCAAAGGAAGAGUCUGAGCUGGAGAGCCAGCUCAACAGUUUCUACCUGAAAGCCUUGGAGGGCUUCCUAAUGGUGCUGUCUGAGGAUGGAGACAUGGUCUAUCUCUCUGAAAAUGUCUGCAAAUGCAUGGGCCUCACACAGUUUGAUUUGACUGGCCACAGCAUUUUUGACUUUGCACAUCCCUGUGAUCACGAGGAAGUAAGGGAAAUGCUGGUGCACAGAACUGGGUCCAAGAAAACCAAGGAGCAAAACACAGAGCGAAGCUUCUUCCUGCGGAUGAAGUGCACACUCACUAGUAGAGGACGCACUGUCAACAUCAAGUCCGCCACUUGGAAAGUUCUUCACUGCACAGGACAUGUGCGUGUUCAGGAGCACAGUGACAAUUCUGGGGACGGUGGAUUUAAAGAGCCCUCCAUUACUUAUCUGGUUUUGAUCUGUGAGCCUAUCCCUCACCCCUCCAACAUUGAGGUGCCUCUGGAUAGCAAAACCUUCCUAAGCCGCCAUACUCUGGACAUGAAGUUCUCAUACUGUGAUGAGAGAAUCACAGAGCUGAUGGGACAUGAACCAGAUGACCUGUUAAAUAGGUCUGUGUAUGAAUACUACCAUGCCCUGGACUCUGAUCACCUCAACAAGACACAUCAUAAUUUGUUUGCAAAGGGCCAGGCAACCACAGGCCAAUAUCGAAUGCUGGCCAAGAAAGCAGGCUAUGUAUGGGUUGAAACUCAAGCCACAGUCAUUUACAACCCCAAGAACUCCCAGCCACAGUGCAUUGUGUGUGUCAACUAUGUUCUCAGUGGUAUUGUGGAGGAGGACAUGGUUCUUUCUCUGCAACAGAAUGUGCCUGAGGAGACUGUGGAGAAGGAGGAGGAGCUGCAAGUAGAGCACGAGGACAGUUCAGUUAUGGACAUGAUGAAGCUCUUCAAGAAGGACCAGCUGACCUGCUCUGUGGAGAGCCCCACGAGCCUGUACGACAAGCUAAAGGAUGAGCCAGAAGCCCUCACUGUUCUGGCUCCAGCUGCAGGGGACACCAUUAUUUCCCUUGAUUUCGACAGCCCAGACUCUGAGAUGCAGCUGCUGAAGGAGGUGCCCCUCUACAAUGAUGUCAUGCUGCCUUCCACCAGUGAGAAACUCCCUUUGCCCCUGUCACCACUGGCUCCCAGCGAUCCAUCUCCAGCUUUGGCUAAAAUGGAGCCUGGAGGAGGGGACUUUUCAUUCUCUUCCACAUCACACCGCACCCCAGACACUGCCAGUACUCCUUCCAGCUCCGCCAGUUCCUCAGAGCCCAGCAGUCCAGCAGAUUACUUCCAUGUGGAUUCAGAUAUUGGCUCCGAAUUUAAACUGGAUUUGGUUGAGAAAAUGUUUGCUACUGACACAGAGGCCAACACCCAAUUUAACACACAUGAAAUGGGUGAUCUUGACCUCGAAAUGCUCGCCCCAUAUAUUCCAAUGGAUGAUGACUUCCAGCUGCAUAUCCCCUCCUCUCUGGACCCACUCCCUUCUAGUCCUCAGACUGGUUCUGACAUUAACUCCCUCUUCCAGCAGUCACCUACUCGUCCAUCUUCAACAUCCAGUUCCAACGGCUCUAUAAAACCAGAGCCAUCAUCCCGUGUCCCCUCCCCCCUCCACCUUCUGCAGGAGGUGAGCAGCAUCUUUGCUGCACCCGUCAGUGAGCCCUCCCAAGCCCUUGACAACACCCCAAAGACGGGCAUCUCGUUGGCCAAGAGAAUGCAAGUGGAAGACCAGGAGCUUUCUACAAAGCUGUUAAGUGUUCAGAAUGCCCAGCGGAAGAGGAAACUGGAGAUUACCUCCCUGUCUCAGGCUGUCGGGCUGGAUGCUUUGUUCCAAUCUAUGGAUGAAGCUGUUGAGCCUGGAAAGAGGGCCAAGGUGCUGGAGGUUAAAGGUUCAGGCCUGCUUGGUGGGAACAAAACCAUUCUGAUACUACCGUCUGAUAUGGCCAGUCGUUUGCUGUGCAGCUCAUUUGAGAGCAGUGGAGGGUUACCACAACUGACACGCUACGACUGCGAGGUCAACGCUCCUAUUCAGGACCGUCACUCCCUGCUGCAGGGCGAGGAGCUGCUGCGUGCUCUGGACCAAGUUAACUGAGUCUAGCUUGCUUAGCAAUUCCGGACACUGUAUCCCUUUGUAUCCCACUGUAUGCCCUUACUCUACCCCACAUUACCUUCCAAAGUAGAACCAUUGCCCCACUUGUUCACGGUCUGCUGACUGUCCCUACAUAUUCCAUCGCUCUCUGUUGGGCGUCCCUCAUACCAGUGGCCUGGAGGCCAAAUCCUUAAUGAUUAUUAGAGGCAUAUAUUCUCUUGCUAAUCAAGGCAAAGGAGUGUAGCCUCCACUAUGACCAAGAGCAAAGUCGAGAGCCUUAAUGCUAAACGCACACUUCCCUAAACACAGAUAUUCACUUCUCCCUUCUCUGUGUCCCUUCUGUUUUUGUCUACCCAUUUCCCAAGCAUUUUGUAUUGUAGCUAAAGUCGCACAAUAAACUAUUUUCGUAAGAUAGAAUACCAGCAGCUCAUGCAAUAUACAAACCAUUUUUUUUUUUUUACAAAAAUUUACAUUUAACAAUUAUUAUAACCAUAUUUGUUUUCUCUUUUAUCAUUUAUCAGUUUUGUUUGUAAACGGUUACAUUUAAGAGUGCUUGUUUUUUCCCCAUCCGUAGUCUCCAUGGCAGAUAUUCAUAUUCUUAUUGCUAUGGACAUACUUGUGUAGUUCAUCAGUCCACUGCGCACAGGUAAAAGCUGUUCUCGCAAAUGUGCAAAAAGGGAAUUCAAAAGAAUUGAAAUUGUGACAUUUUUGGCAAUGUGCGAAUGUCUAUAAUAUGGAGUUUCUCACAUCCCACAUCUCAAAGAGGUUGAAACAGAUGUUGAGGUUAAUUAUGUGAUAAAUUUUUAUAUUUUUAGCUAUCACUUUUUCUGUCUUAAUAGAUGCUUACACUUAAUGCUUGUCCCAUGCCAUCCAGCAGGGUAGAUUUUAAUAUUAUGCUUUUGAAGCGUAAUGUAGCGUGACCAUGCAACGCUGAUAACAGUUAUUCAAGUGUCUAAUGGUAUAUAGAACAUUAAUGCUCAGAUAAACAAAGGUAUGUUUUCCUUGUGCUUUCAUAAGUUGACUUUGUCCUGCAGAUAUUUUCAUUUUAUUAUAUUUUGCAGUAGGAUGAACAUUCGCUUUUGUGGUGGUUGUACUCUACUGUUCAUUUAUUUUGGCAGUCUGUACACAUACAUUUCCUUAACACUAAAUGUAUUGUUUAUUGCAUAAUCAUUAAAGGAUAAUUGUGGACCAGAA